AUGUCUUCUACUCGCUCCAACCUUUUGCAAAGCGUCAUCGAGGCCCAUGGUGGCCGAGAGUACUGGGAGUCAAUCCAGUCCCUCAACGUGGAGUUUGAGUUCUCUGGAGUGGCUUUGGACAUGAAAGGACAUCCUGGACCUCACGACGUCGAAUUGGUUGUCAAUACAAAGAGUCAAAAAGUUACAAUCAAGAGAUUUGGCGACUACUACGGCUCAUGGACUCCUACGCAAACCGAGGUCGGCAAGCUUGGCUCUGAAGAUCCCGUUGAUGUUCGCAAGAAUCCCAGAGACGUCUUUGACGAUUAUACCGCGGAAACGAAGUGGGACGUACACAACCUCUUCUGGUUUGUGGGCUACGCAUAUUGGAACUACUUCAACUUUCCAUUCUACCUGGACGCUCCGGAGAUCCAAACCGGCGAAGUAGAUGGUCCGACGCGGGAGAAUGGCGAGAAAUGGACUUCAUUGGAGGUUGUUUUCCCUGACGGGUAUCCUACUCAUACCAAGGUUCAGAAGUACGACUUUGAUGGCGAAUACCGGUUGAUGCGGAUGCACUAUUCUGUGGAUGUCAUGAAGCGACAUGUUCCGUCGUGGCACAAUUGUUACAACCACGCUGUUGCUGGGAAGCUUCUUUACCCAACUCUGCGAGUUGUGAGCUCAGCCUCUCCGGGAAUGGCAUUCUUUUCUCCAUUUACUUUGAGGGGGAUCAAGAUUGAAGUCAAUCACAUCUAA